ACAAUACGAAGGAACCAUAAAUCGACAAAUGAGAUAUGAACACUAACAUGAGCAAAUCUGGGAGUGCGGAUAGUGCAUUGCCACCAUUGUCCCGCUUUCUUGACACUACACACUCGUCGUUUACAGAAUGUCAUCUUCCCUCACAGUACCCAAACGUUCCACUGCCCGAGUUCUGUGAAUCAAUAGUCAGGACGAGCAAAGUACAGCCUACUUCGGUAGCUUUAUCUAUCCAUUACAUGGCUAAGGUGAUACAGAACAAUGUAAAUGUGCUGCAGAACCAAAUAUGUCACAAGUGUCUGUUUGUAGCAUGUCUGGUGAUGAGCACGGAAAAUAUUCAGGGUCAAAACUGCACAGCGGAUAGUAUACGGGCUAGUGUAGGUUAUAUGACUUUGACGCAACUUCACCAUAUAAAGACGCUGGUCCUACAAUUACUUCAGUACAAUGUGGUCGUUGCACCUGAUAUAUUGAAAGUUCUGGAGGGCUGUUUGGACAGAGAUUACAUAAUUAAAGGCUGGUACUGGCCCGCGAAUAGUCCCAACAUGCUCGACCCGCCUAGUGCACAAGACCCAGAACAGACACAAUAUCCAAGGCGUCCGGAUCACACUGCGAAUGGUUUCAACACACGGCAAAGGCUGUACUCGCAACCUAAAAAUGAAUAUGAACUGGAUAAUACGAGACAAACUCCGAGCUCCCCGGACGUGCUGGGAUAUCGGGGGUCAGCCAACAUGCAGGCAAUCAACAGUACAUCUGCCUUGGCUACCCGGCAGAAGUCAUUGAGUAGAUCAGGCUCGUCAAUUUCAUUUACAAUUGAAUCCAUCUUGGAAAUGCCAUCGCAAGUGCCCUUUGCGAAAACAAUACAGACCACCCCGCCAAUGAGACAACGUCGCUGUCAUCAUCCAUAUUCGGUGCGCGCGAAUAUGCUUUAACUUGCAUAAAGUCUUAAGAGGAACUAAGGAUAAUACAAUCCGAGGAGCAGAUAAGAUUCCAGGUUGCUACGACUUCACAGAGAGUUGUGUUCCAUACAAUCUCAGUUGGACACCUAGUAUGAGACAAAGCCACAGGCACAUACAAACUUACUAAUAUGCGUGAAGAAUUAUACGAGAAGAUAAUCUUUAUUAUGGUAUGGAGACGAAUUUUUAAGACAAGUCACUGUCCACGAUACUUUUGACUCGGGUUCAAGUUCCAUACAAUCUCAUUAAAGCAUCUAGAACGAGACAAAAACCACAGACGCAUACGAGGCGAUGAGAAUACUUUUUGUUAUGGUAUGGAAAUGAAUUUUUAAGUUAAGUCAAUGUCCACAAUGAUUUUGACCAGGAAUUAUGCUCUCGUUGACAGAACAAGACGGGUAGUCUGCAGUGGUAGGCAGGCAUAUAAUACAGUUGAAUUAGGCUUUAUUUUGCAGUAGACAAACAUCACCGCGGUUAUUUACCAGUCCUGCAGCAUUCGAAAAGAAAGAAACGAAACGGCUUAGAAGGCAAUUAGAAUGGUACACAGUCACAUACACAGCCAAAACAGAAACACAGACACUAUAAAGCACGAAAUCAACGUUGCACUCAUACAUCU